CCAGUUAAAUUAAAAUGUUUUCAUUGAAUAAUUAAAAACGAAUGCAUAAGCUCUUAUUUUGAAAACAAAAGAUUUCCGUUAUUGUUACUGGUUUCACGCUGCUUGUCGUUUCCUUUUGUGAGGCACAUGAACACAGUGAAGGGCUUCAGCCUAUCUUUGGAAUGCAAACAUAUCAAGACCUAAUUCUGCAAGUAAGUGGAGCCAAGGCUUUGCGUAAAGGUACCAAAAUACAAACCCUUUGGAGUGGCUAUGGCGAGAUAGUGAGAAUUCAUUUGGAAAACUGUGAUCGUCCGUCUGUGGUCGUCAAACAUGUGAAGUUUCCACAGGAGUCUGCACAUCCAGGUGGAUGGAAUACCGACAGGUCUCACCAGCGAAAGGUGCGGUCUUAUCAGGUGGAGACAUAUUGGUACCAGAACUAUGCCACCAAUGAUCGUUGCCGUGUUCCCGUUUGUCUUGUGGCUAGAUCUUUUGGGGAUGAACAGGUGAUUGUUUUGGAAGACCUGGAUGUGGCGGGAUUUGAUGAGCGAAGGAAUAGUGUGAGCGAUGAUGAGAUCAAGGCUUGCCUCGGUUGGCUUGCCAACUUCCAUGCUUUCUUCAUGGGGGUUGAACCAAAGGGAUUAUGGCCCAUAGGUACAUACUGGCACCUGGAGACCAGACCCGAUGAGCUGGAGGUCAUGUCAGACCAACCACUGAAAAAAUCUGCGGGGGAAAUAGACAGGAUACUUAACAGUUGCCACUUCAAAACCAUUGUGCACGGGGACGCCAAACUGGCCAACUUCUGCUUCUCUGGGAACGGGAAUAGGGUGGCAGCAGUGGACUUUCAGUACGUGGGGGGAGGCUGUGGGAUGAAGGAUCUUAUUUAUUUUCUUGGUAGUUGUAUGAAUGACAAACAGUGUGAGAAGAGAGUUCCAGACCUGCUGGACUACUACUUUUCUGAACUGAGGGCAGCUGUGGACGAGCAAGUGAAUUUCAAGGACCUGGAGGCAGAGUGGAGGGAGAUGUUUGCAUUCGCAUGGACUGACUUUCAUCGUUUCAUGCUUGGAUGGAUGCCCGGGCACCAUAAGAAUAAUAGGUACAGCAGGAAGCUUACCCAAGAUGUACUGACUAAGCUGAAACAAAAGCACUCAAAAUGAGGCUUUCUUUUAUUUUUUGCCAUGUACACACCAUUCAUGAUUUAAUGAUUAAAUAUGCAUUCAUUCAA